AUUGCUUACUUAGCAUCCACCAGAGGCAAUGGAUAGGGUGAGCAGCCGCUGCAGCCAGAAAAGCCCAGCACGGAGCAAAGGCAAUUACCUCUGCACGCAGAGACUUUGGAGCUGAAUUGUGCUGAACACAGAGCCCCUCCGGCUGGCAGAGCCAUGUGCGGCCGAGAAGAGCAGCCACUUUCACUCCGCUGAAAAGCAAUGCAAGCACAGCAGUGAUAAGAACUGCUUCCAGGUCCGGGUGGACACGAACCUGAGUGGAGCCUGAAGGUGUUAAAGCCAAGCUGACCAACAAAACUUUUAAAAUAUGACUACAGUGAGGAUUUUAGCUCCACGAUGCUGCCAUGCCGGGAUGUGACAGGCUUCCUACCCAGGUCUGGAAGGUGCUCAAUGAUGUUAGCAGCAAACAUAAACCCCGAUGAGGAGCAGCAUGAGCCAUGGAGGGACCCACCCCAGAGCCCGCAUAUGUUGAUGUGGACAAGGGACUGACACUAGCAUGUUUUGUCUUCCUCUGCCUUUUCUUGAUUGUGAUGAUAAUUCGCUGUGCAAAAGUCAUCAUGGACCCUUACAGUGCUAUCCCCACAUCCACAUGGGAGGAGCAGCACCUGGAUGACUGAAGGGGCUUGGCUACACAGAGCCAUAAGAUGCUGCAAUCUAGGAGGACUCUUCCUAUCAGGAAAGCAAGCAGGAACAGCCAUUUUCAGAUAUGCAGGAUGAUGGCAAUAUAUUUAAGAGCCAAUAGCUCAUAUGAUUACUGCUCAAUACACCAGGACAUCAGCAAUCCAUUCUGGAAGCACAAUAAUACUAUGCAGCAACCCUCAUCUUAAUGAAGAUGGUCAUCACAUAACUCAGUAGCACAACAUCCUCUAGACUUUUCCUACAGCUAUAGCACAGUUUGCCCUCUCAACGUCUCCCACAAAUUCAGGGCUUUAGUCAGAAAUUGCAAUUUGAUAAAGCAAUAAGAAAGUCUUCCCUGAACACAAGAUUGCUUCAAAUACCUUCCUGAGUCAUUAUAUUUGUGCUCGAGAGAAAGGCAAAGUUUUGCAGUUGCGUCUUCCCAGGUAAUGUUAGGUAGAAUCAUAAAAUCAUCAGGGCAGGAAAGACCAACAAGUCCAGUCGUCAGCCCAGGAGAAGGAACACUAAAGCACCAUGGCUAUCAGCAAAUUUAUUCUCAAUGAAUUAAGCAGUGUCCAUAUGCUUCCCCACCACAGUGCUGUCAUAUUUUUAGUGAUCAAUAUACAGAAGCACUCAAACUGCAGUUUCCAAGGGGGCUGUGGGCUACUGUUGACUCUGCAGCGCAGCCUUUCUCUAUCCUACUCAUGGAUAACUAGAUAUAUUGACAUCUGCCAUAGGUCCAUCA